AUGGCAACGGUCAACGACACCGCUGCCGCUGCCGCUUCCCACGGCGGAGGAGUAGAACCGAACAAGCCAUCCAUCAUCAAGUCGUUUGUCCAUCGCCGUCAGCCGUCCAAGGGUGAAGCACUAGUACCAGCACCUCUGUCCGCGGAGAUACAGCACGUCGACAGCAGGAGCACCAGCGCCGAGCAUCAUCAGCCUCCCACAACCAUGGCGAGCCGCUUCUCCAGAAGGAUCAACAACAGCCACAACGGCAGCGGUGAUGCCCUGGGAGAACUCCAGCAGAACCAACAAGAGCCCCCUGUGCUGCGUGAACAACAGCAACCACAACAGAAGCAGCAGCAGCAGCAGCAACAGCAGCAACAGCAACAGCAGCAACAGCAACAGCAACAGCAACAGCAGCAACAGCAACAGCAACAGCAGCAACAGCAACAGCAACAACCUGACAGCAAACCUCGAGGUCGCUCACGCUCACCUACAAAGAGCGGCGUGCUAUCCAGCAACCCCUUCCGAUCCCGCGGUCAAUCGACGGACCAGUCCCGCUCAGCGUCACCUACAAAGUCUACGAGGUCCAGAGGUCUCGCUGGCUUCCUCUCCCGGCCCAAGUCCCUCAUUGGAGGCGUCGAUCCCGAUGCGGCGAACAAUGACAACAGGACCAGGGAGAACAAGGAGAACAUGAGUCCGGGUGGCUCGCCCGCGACCGAAAUCCACCCACCGCCCAUCUACGCCCAGUUUACCAGCGACGCAUCGGUACGGCAGGCCCAGCGUGCCAGCCUCCAAUUCGGGGGAUACAGCAACAGCGGCAGCGACUCAUCACGGCGUCCCACAGCGAGGGAGCGCCCCAAAUCGUACCAUGCUUCCGUGACGGCUGAUCCCCAACGACAGGGAUCAUUCAGACCCCCGCAGCCACCACCACACGGCACGAGGGACAGCACACCUUCUGCCAGGGAGGCCGAUAGCAACAGCAACCACAGGAGCAGAGCCCUCCAAGCCCUCUCCGGUGCCCGGCGAGGCGGUGGCGGCGGUGUCGGUCACAGCAGGGCACAGUCUGCCGCCAUACCCGGGCGUCAGGGCAGCAACGAGUCCCUCCAGGUGCAGCCCGACGAGAUAGACCGACACCUCGAGGCCAUGCUCGACAGGCGGAACAUUCCCGAGAACCAGCGGUACAAGAUGCGCAACCUCAACGACACCAUCAAGAUGGAGUUUAUCCGCCAGGACUUUGCCGAGAUGCAGCAGGCUGCCGCGGCUGCAGCUGCCGCAGGCGGCAGCGGUAACAGCAGAAGCAGCGGGGCCGGCAACAGCAGGCCGGGAGCAAUGACAUCGUCAGUUGCAGCUGAAGCCGCAGCACCGUCGGCAGCCGACAAGUCGUCGUCGUCGGCCAUCGUAUCCGGCGAAGAUGCUGAGCCGCCGGAGAAGCCGAAGCACAGCCGCGGCAGGAGCUUCACGUUUGGCCGAUCAAAGAAAUCCAAGGGUCAGCCGGGCAGCAGCAGCCGGUCACCCUCCAAGAAGUCCUGGAAGGACGGUGGCGCGUCUCUAGGACGGCACUUCCGUACGAAGUCAUCCGAUAGUCUGGCUGCCGACCGGCCGAUGUCUUCGUCUUCGGGUAUGACGGGGGCAGCAGCCGGUGGCGUGACGUCGUAUCUAUCGUCGUCGGGCUUGGGAGCAGGAACGGGCAGGCAGACGGCAGCCAACAAUUUCCUGUCCAAGCUCAAGAUCCAGCAGGGCCCCGGGGACUACGUGGCUUACCUGUCCAAGGUGCGACAACCGGAGCUGGUCGAGGUGGGGAAGCUGCACAAGCUGCGGUUGCUCCUACGGAACGAGACGGUGGCCUGGAUCGAGGACUUUAUGGAACAAGGCGGUAUGACGGAGAUUGUUGGGCUGCUCAACCGCAUCAUGGAUGUGGAGUGGAGGGAAGAACACGAAGAUGCACUCUUACAUGAGAACCUGCUCUGCCUCAAGGCCCUGUCCACAACGGCCCGCGGCAUGCAGCACCUGCACACAAUCCAGGCGGAGCUGUUCCCCAAGCUCCUACACCUCCUCUUUGACCCCGAGAAGAAGGGACCGAGCGAGUUCACGACGCGCAACAUCGUCACCUCGGUGCUGUUCGCGUACAUAUCGUCGGCAUCGCCGGCAGAGCGCAUCGUCAGGGCGGCCAGCGUGGCCAGACACCUGCGCGAUCCGGAGCCCGAAGAGGGCAGCCGUCCGCUGCCGUUUGUGUCAGACAUGCACCAGGAGAGACCGUACCGGGUGUGGAACAAGGAGGUGGUCAGCGUGACAAAGGAGGUGUUUUGGAUCUUUCUGCAUAAUCUCAAUGUCGUGUCCCUAUCGGCGAACGAUCUCGUCAACAGCAACGACAGCGGCUCUGACGACGCGAGCAACAGCGGCAACGGCAACGGCAACGGCAACGGCUACUCUUACAUGAACGGCCACUUCCCGCAGGAACGUCCCCCGGUCCCGGCGGCACCCUACGUCGGAGGCGUAGAGUGGGACGCGACGAACUACCUGGCCUCUCACCUGGACCUGCUGAACGCGGUGCUGGCGUGCACGCCAACGGCCGAGGAGCGCAACGAGCUGAGGGCGCAGCUGCGCAUCUCCGGGUUUGAGCGCUGCAUGGGCGGCAGCAUGCGUCUGUGCAAGGAGAAGUUCUACGGGGCCGUGCACGACGGCCUGAGGACCUGGGUGGCCGCGGCAGCAGAUGACGGUUGGCCCGUCAAGGACGUCAGGUUUGGGCCGCCUCCGCCUCCGCCGGCUUCCACGUCACCGAGCAAGAUGGGUCAGUCUUCUCCGAAUAAGAACGCGCCUAGGCUUGAGGUUCCCAGGCUGGACUUUCUGAACUGA